UUUAGGGCCCAGGCCGAGUUGAAAGCCCAAGCCUAAGCCGAAACCCAGCCCAAUUAGUCUUAAACCCUAAGCCGAGCCAGGUCUCUCUCUCUUUCUCGGAGUUUCUUUCCCACUCUCACUCGUCUCUUCCCUCACAUUUUUGCAGUGAUAGUUGGAAAGGCUAAGAGCUCUCACUCUCUCUCAAAACCUAGGGUUUUACAUUUCUGAAGCUCAACUUCUUCAAUUCGUAGCAGCAGCCAUGGCGAGCACUAAAGUCCAGAGGAUUAUGACCCAACCUAUUAACUUGAUUUUCAGGUUUCUUCAAAGCAAAGCACGCAUUCAAAUUUGGCUUUUUGAGCAGAAGGACCUAAGGAUCGAAGGCCGUAUCAUUGGUUUUGAUGAGUACAUGAAUUUGGUUCUGGAUGAUGCUGAAGAAGUCAACGUCAAGAAGAAAAGCAGCAAGACGCUGGGGAGGAUACUUUUGAAAGGAGACAACAUAACUCUGAUGAUGAAUUCGGGAAAAUGAUGAUCGUGUCACCGAUUAAAUUGAUUUGGGCCGCCUUACAUUGUUGUUCCCGUAGCAUGUAUGUUGAGUUAUAUUUACAGUCACUACUUCGGCUGCUUGGUUUAAGUACAUUUUGGAUAGCAUGUAGGAGAACUCAUUAUUGAAUGUUGAUUUUAUGUGCCUAUAAGUAGAUAAAUUGUUGCA